AUGGUCGGCAGAGAUACACUUAUUAAGGAAGGAAAAACGAAGGAUCAAUGGGUUCUAAGGCCUUCAAUCCUCCAGAAAAAUUUCUGGUUUACAGUUCUCGGGUUCUCCAGUUUUGAUAAAGAUAAUCGGUUAUUGGGAAUUCUUCACGGAGAACAUAGUAAAAAAAUCGGGCGCCUAUGUAAUCCCCAUCCAUUUAAUUAUAGAACACGCUAG